CACCUGGAGCGCUCAGGUAGGGCUUGGGCGGGGCUGGAAGCUGGCGCGCAGGCGCGGGACCGGGGCCUCGCCCCUGCCGACGUCGCAGGCUGAAGCUCACCUGGGAGACUCUAGGAGGAAGCCGCGCUUGGGUUCGGCCUCUCCUGGCAACGCGGGAGGCCCAGCGGGAAGGCAGGAGGCGGCGGCGGAGGAGGAGCUCGACUGAGCGGCAACUGUAGCGACAGCAACCGGAGUCGCCGCCGCCACCACCUGCACCUGGCGCCCGGCACAAGUCCAGCGCCCGCCCGGCCGCCGCUUCCCGCCGCCCUGCCCAGCCCACCUGCCAGAUUACAUCAGUUAAAAGCUCAGAAUUUUACAUCAAGUUUGAACACAAUUAGGGAAAUGUUGUUCUUAAACUGACUGGACUUGGCCAAGCCACUUAAUCUAUUUGACUCUGUGUCAGUAAAAUUGUAAAAGCAUAAUGCUUCACAAAAUUGCUGGAAGAACUUAUGUAUUAAGUGUUAAAGUACCAGGGACCUAAUCAACAUUGAACAAAAGGUAUUACCAUUUAAAGAAAUCUACUUGCCAGCAAAUCUAUGAUAAAAAAUAUAAGUAACAGAGGAAAUCAUAACAGUUAUUUGUCAAGUGACAAGCUUUUAAUGUCAGAAUGGCUCACCUAAAGCGACUACUGAAAUUACAUGUUAAAAGACAUUACCAUAAAAAGUUCUGGAAGCUUGGUGCAGUAAUUUUUUUCUUUAUAAUAUUUUUAAUUUUAAUGCAAAGAGAAGUAAGUAUUCAAUAUUCCAAAGAGGAAUCAAGGAUGGAAAGACACAUGAAAAACAAAAACAAGAUGCUUGAUUUAAUGCUAGAAGCUGUAAACAAUAUUAAAGAUGCAAUGCCAAAAAUGCAAAUAGGAGCACCUGUCAGGGAAAACAUUGAUGCUGGUGAGAGGCCCUGUUUGCAAGGAUAUUAUACAGCAGCAGAACUGAAACCCGUUCUUGACCGCCCACCUCAGGAUUCUAAUGCACCUGGUGCUUCUGGUAAAGGAUUCAAGACAACCAAUUUAAGUGUUGAAGAACAAAAGGAAAAAGAACGUGGGGAAACAAAACACUGUUUUAAUGCUUUCGCAAGUGACAGGAUUUCUUUACACCGAGAUCUUGGACCAGACACGAGACCUCCUGAAUGUAUUGAACAAAAAUUUAAGCGCUGCCCACCCCUGCCUACCACCAGUGUCAUAAUAGUUUUUCAUAAUGAAGCGUGGUCCACGCUGCUUAGAACUGUCCACAGUGUGCUUUAUUCUUCACCUGCAAUACUGCUAAAGGAAAUCAUUUUGGUGGAUGAUGCUAGUGUAGAUGAGUACUUACAUGAUAAACUAGAGGACUAUAUAAAACAAUUCUCUAUAGUAAAAAUAGUCAGACAAAAGGAAAGAAAAGGUCUGAUCACUGCUCGGUUGCUAGGAGCAACAGUAGCAACAGCUGAAACGCUCACAUUUUUAGAUGCUCACUGUGAGUGUUUCUAUGGUUGGUUAGAACCUUUGUUGGCCAGAAUAGCUGAGAACCACACUGCUGUUGUGAGCCCAGAUAUUGCAUCCAUAGAUAUGAACACGUUUGAAUUCAAUAAACCUUCUCCCUAUGGAUUUAACCAUAAUCGUGGAAAUUUUGACUGGAGUCUUUCAUUCGGCUGGGAAUCACUUCCUGAUUAUGAGAAGCGCAGAAGGAAAGAUGAAACCUACCCAAUUAAAACACCCACCUUUGCAGGAGGCCUUUUUUCUAUAUCGAAAAAAUAUUUUGAGUAUAUUGGAAGUUACGAUGAAGAAAUGGAAAUCUGGGGAGGUGAAAAUAUAGAAAUGUCUUUCAGAGUAUGGCAAUGUGGUGGGCAGUUGGAGAUUAUGCCUUGCUCUGUUGUUGGACAUGUUUUUCGCAGCAAAAGCCCUCAUUCCUUUCCAAAAGGCACUCAGGUGAUUGCCCGCAACCAAGUUCGCCUUGCGGAAGUCUGGAUGGAUGAAUAUAAGGAAAUAUUUUACAGAAGAAACACAGACGCAGCAAAAAUUGUUAAACAAGUAAAGAAGACAAAUUGGGCAGACUGUGUACUGCACAAGAGUACUUGGAAAUCAUUUGGAGAUCUUUCAAAAAGAUUUGAAAUAAAACAGCGCCUUCAAUGUAAAAAUUUUACGUGGUAUCUGAACAAUAUUUAUCCAGAAGUAUAUGUGCCAGACCUUAAUCCUGUUAUAUCUGGAUAUAUUAAAAGUAUUGGUCAGCCUCUAUGCCUGGAUGUUGGAGAAAAUAAUCAAGGAGACAAACCAUUGAUUUUGUAUACGUGUCAUGGACUUGGGGGAAACCAGUACUUUGAAUACUCUGCUCAUCAUGAAAUUCGGCACAACAUCCAGAAGGAAUUAUGUCUUCAUGCAGCUGAAGGUCCCGUUCAGCUGAAGGCCUGUUCCUACAAAGGUCACAAGACAGUUGUCACUAUAGAACAGAUAUGGGAGAUCCGGAAGGAUCAACUUCUAUAUAAUCCAUUCUUUAAAAUGUGCCUUUCAGCAAAUGGAGAGCAUCCGAACUUAAUGUCAUGCAAUCCAUCAGAUCCACUCCAAAAAUGGAUAUUUAGCCAAAAUGAUUAAGUGUUCCUUAAAAUUAAGGAGUUGAAAAAGGAGAUAUUCUUUCUCAUAAAACUGUGACUAGGCAUACACUGUAGUUUUUGAAAAUUAUGCAAAAGCAGCUAAUUGUAACUUAUUCCAAGUGCAUUUUUCUUAUUUAUGUCUUAAAAUGUCUAUGUAGUACUGCUACAGAAAUCCUGUAAGUUUCUGUUUCAAAGCACAAUAACUAGUAAUACCAAAGACUAUUUUCAAAUGUCCAGAUAUAGAAGAAGAGAUGUUUACAAUAUGAUGAAAAUAAUUUUCCACGUAUAGUGAUGUUUGUGUGUUUUGUAAACUUAAGGAUUGCAUAACUACAUUUACACUCACAAUUUAAAAUAUUUCUCCUAGUUUUUUGGGGGAAGGAAGAAAGAUUUGAUACUGUAUUUUUUUUAACUACAUAGAAAUGGAUCAAUGAAGGCCAAGUAUUGGCCUUUAUGUACAAACCAAGAAGUUUUUAUAGAUCUAGAAUUUAUUAUUUUAAAAUGCAGAUAAACUUUUUUUGCCUUUUGUUUACUUGUCUGUCAAAUGUUUCCUUAAACUUGAAAUUGAAUAAGGAGAGGAAUAUUUUUAACGCUUAAAUUUCUUGGCAAAUUUUAAAAUAUUUUUUAGUCUGAAGCCCACUCCACUUGAAGCACUUAAGUCUUUCUUAAAUGACUUUUGUAAGUAACUAUACUGUGUUUUCCCAAAGCACUUUAAAAACAAAAACUUUAUAAAUCACUCUCUGUUGAAAAGGCAUCCUUUUCCUUUCUGCUGGUCUUUUUUUCUUACCAAAUUUCACUAAUCUUGAAUGUUUGUGAUAUUGAAUUUCAAAAACAGAAUACUUGACUCAUUUAAAGCUAAAUUUUGUUACUGAUUCAAUUAUAAUUGUAAUAGAUUCUUGUCUUUGUAAUGGAUUUUUUUCAUCAAAAAAGGCCUUAUUUUAAUCUAUGUAGAAAACACAAUAAAAAAAUCCUCAACACUAUUGUAA